AAAUGUUGUAGGACAUAGUGAAAGAAGCUAUAAAGUAGGAGGACCAUUUGAGUAACAUCACAAAAAAAGUUAAAACAAUGAGAAGGGCAAUAUGGUAAAAACGUGGCACGAUGGAGGGAGGAAGCAUCAGAUGCGUCGAGGACCACUCUUUUAUAUAUAUUCCACAGCCCGCCUCCCCUCACCAUAGUCGCUGAGUUGUAUCCUCCUCUCUUUCUUCAUUCAAUUCUGCGAACCCUUUCUUCUCGCUCAUUCAUCAACAAUGGCGGAUCAGCUUACCGAUGAUCAGAUCUCCGAAUUCAAGGAGGCGUUCAGCCUAUUCGAUAAGGAUGGAGAUGGUUGUAUCACAACCAAAGAACUCGGGACCGUGAUGAGAUCACUCGGACAGAACCCAACCGAAGCGGAACUCCAAGACAUGAUCAACGAAGUUGAUGCCGACGGUAACGGGACAAUUGACUUCCCGGAGUUUCUCAAUCUCAUGGCCCGCAAAAUGAAGGACACGGAUUCCGAAGAGGAGCUCAAAGAAGCUUUUAGGGUUUUCGAUAAGGAUCAAAAUGGUUUUAUUUCCGCAGCUGAACUCCGCCACGUCAUGACCAAUCUUGGUGAAAAGUUGACCGAUGAAGAGGUUGAUGAAAUGAUCCGUGAGGCUGACGUGGAUGGUGAUGGUCAGAUUAACUAUGAGGAGUUUGUUAAGGUUAUGAUGGCUAAGUGAGUGUUUUUAAUAUUUUUAAAAUUUUUAAAAUUGAGUUUGAAAAAAGAAAGAAAAGAAGUUGAAGAAGUCUCUUGUUUGGGUUUUAUUUUGAUUGUGUGUUUUUUUUUUUUUCGGUAGUGUUGCGGUAUUAACUACUUUUUUUUUUCUUUUUAAUUAUGUAUUUUGGUUGGUAGGUUGUGUUAGUAGUCUCUUGUUUUUUUUUUGUCUUGAUAUUGGUUUAUAAACCUAGAACGAUUUGGAGUACUUUGUUUUGCAAUUUAUAAAUCGAGUCGUUUUUGCCAUUGUUAUUGUUUCAUGUUGCAUUUUAUUUAAUAACUUGAGGUGUUUUGUUCUUUUACCUGAAUUUGACG